GGAGACGGCAGCCUGGGUGGUUCGGCACUUGCCCAAGAAACAACCACACCACUCCGCCCCUCCAAACCGCAAGAUGCGCCGAGCCGUGGCAGACUCGGAUGACGAUGAAGAUUAUGAGAUCAUCGUAGGCGCAGACGGAUCAGAUCUCACUCGCAAUCUCUACGCAGAAGAUGAAAGUCUAGCCUCCUUCGACGCUUCCAUCGCCAACCUCGAUGGGACUGUAGACAAGAGCACUGACUCUACAGAACGCCUACGCAGAGAAAUUCGACAAGCAGAGCUCGGAUUACGCAGUACCAACAACGCACUCAGUCCAAUCGCCUCAACUUCGCCCGACAUGCCGUCGACUAACAAGCGCCGGCAUGCCUCUACAUCUGGCGUAGAGACCAGCCCGGUGCCUUCAAGGGCCGCCAAGCGUGCGAAGACGCUGAAGACGUACAGCGCCUCGGCCGGCACCAUCCGUCACACUUCCUUGACUGCGGAAACCAGCUUCGACCGCGCGAUGGAUGAAGCCAGUGCUCUUCACACGUCGCAGUCUGUACACUUUUCGGAACACUCGAGCGCCGCUGUUGGCCCUUCUUCUGUACCCGCUGCUGCUGCUCUACCUUCAGCAUCGCUCCAACAGGAUUUCAUGGAUCACGAACCGAACAUGAUGUUCCAUGACAGCGGGAGCACUAUUGCCGAUCGCAGCUCCGAGGAGGAACGCAUGCUGGCCCAGACGCUUGCGGGAAGGAAGAUUACUAGUACGCCUGCGAUCGGUCCUCCGCGGUCUGGUGCUCAACACAGUUCUUCAAUCCCUUUUACUGCUUCGGAGCACGGCAACAGCGCGAAGAGCAGUGUGAAACACCCUCUUCCAGGACAUGUUAUUCCCAAUGAAGCAACCCUGGCCAACGAUAUGGCGCAUGAACAACCAAAUGAUGGGGCUGUGGACGGCACUCCGUCCAAGGACUCUCAUGCUGAUGCGCAGACCCCAAUUGAUGGAGCAAGCGACCAAACGGCGAAUCCUGCGCUACCUGAGAACUUCAAUCCCAGUCCGAUUGUCGAGAUCCCACGCCACGAAUCGACCACCCGGAGACGAGCCUCCGACAGCACUCAGACCAGCACCAGAGGCCGCAAACAGAAGACUCAAGAAGACAAGGCCCCGAGCGACCCGCUCAAUUCGGACGACAAAGCGAUUGGCUUGCCGAAAGAACGCUACCAACCUCGUCCCCGCCGACGUCGGGCGACAGGUUUGCCAGAAGAAGAGAUCGACUACUCCGUUCGUCCUGAGAAAGCCGCGAAGGUCAAGCGAGUCAAAAGCUCUGGUGCGGCUACGAGUUCCACCGCAACCUUAUCCGCGGCGAAGAGAAAGGAUGCUGGUCCUGAGGCUGAUCAGAACGCGGCUGACGACAUCACAACCCUUCCAGAAGACGAUGUCGCAUCCAAAGCAAGCAAUAACCAGGCCCACGUGGAACCAGCGGACCCUGAAGCCGGUACUGAAGCAAUCACCAAAGCAAGUGCAGAAGCACCAUCCACCCUUCCAGAUGUCGAAUCCUCUCAUCCAACCAAGGACAAGCCAGACACCGCAGCCGACGAGAUCUUCGUCAAACCAGCAAAGCCCGCACCAGCCGCGCGCAAUUCCAAGUCCUCCAGAUCCAAACGAUCACACACCACCAUCUUCGAAGACCACGUUGAGCUUGUCAGCCCCCGGCACGCAACACCGAGUCUCAGCCAGCAGCAAGCCAAGAGGAAGUCCGCGCUCGCCAAUGUCCAGAAUGAGGCGAGCAAGAAGAAGCGCAAAGUGGUCGAUUCUGAUGAUGAAGACGAGGCGUUUGGCGUGGAUGAGAAUGAUGAGUCUGAGGAGGUCCAUGACUCGCCGCCGAAGAAGCGAGGCCGAGGGCGUCCGCCUAAAUCCACGACGAAGGCGCAACGAAAGUCCGCUGAAACGGUGACUGAGGAGCAGGAGGACAAGGUCGAUGCCGCGCCCGACGCAGACAAGACUCAGACGAAGAAGCGAGGAAGCGGUCGUCCGCCCUCGAAAGCUGCUUCAGAAGCUCCCGAUCCAGAAGCUUCCAACGCGUCGACCACCCCUGAGAAUCCCCUCGAGAAUCCCGCACCCGACAAAGGCCAACAAACUCCUGCAGUCGAGACCGCCACCGAUCGUCCAAGUCAAGAUGCAUCGAAGAUCCCGACUCCGUCGCCGGAGAAACAGGUCACAGCGGCGCCCGAGAAAUCCGCCUCCAAGACGAGCCCGACUUCCCACUCUCCCAUCAAGAGUUCUUUGGCUGUGCCGUUGCGAGUGGGCUUGAGUAGGCGGCAGCGUAUUCCGUCUUUGCUUCGCAUGGUGAAGCCUGUCCGGCCGAGGAAGGAAGGGUAGACGUCGUGGGAGUUGUGAGCAAGUGUCGCUUUCUUACUUGAACGAAAAGUGACUCUGUAAACGAUGGAAGGACGGACAGAGGCACGAUGAGCAGAGGCGCAUAGCUAGUUAGCUGUCAAGCAAGU